GCACGGCAGCACCCGACUGCCAGCGGAGCGGAGAAGAGAGUGUCGUGCGCCGUUUCUACCAAAGAGUGCACCUCAUCCUCCUUUCGAGCGAGCGACGUGCUUCUUGUGCUCCUUUCUCCUCGACUCCAACCCCCGUAACCAACCAGCCAACCAACCCCAAACCAGUCCCCGUACCACCAUGGCACGCGCCUCGCUCGCAAGCAGCGACAACACCGCGCCGCACAGCGAAGAGCUGCAAGGGCAGCAGCGCGGUGCGCGCCCGCCGCGCACGUCGCGCGUGCUCAAGCGCAAGACGGAUCACUCACUCAUCGAACGUCGUCGUCGCGACAAGAUCAACGAGCGCCUCGUCCGCCUGCAGAACAUUGUGCCCGCCUGCAAAGCCGAGGCCGAGGAGCUUCUGCGCAGCAAGCCCCCGCCCCCAGCAGUAGCUGUGCCUGUCGGCGACGCGGGCGCCCCUAGGCCACGGCGAGGCUCACGCCGCGCCAAGCAGUCGCCGGUCUGGACGCAGGAGCAGCUCGAUCGCAGGAUCGACGGUGAUAUGGUGCUUGAGAAGCUCUGCAUCAUCUCGCACACCUACGACUACGUGCUGGAGCUGAUGCAGCAAGUUAAAGCGUACGGCGCACUAUGCAAGUGCGACCCGCCCGUCGAGCAGCAGCAGCAACACAGUGCAGCGCCAGACCACACGCUCUCUUCCAGUGUGGCUCAAGACGCGCACCGUGCCUUUGCGCAUAACCUCGUCAUUUCCGACAAAGAGCAACCGCAACUGCAGCAGCAUCCAUCUGAAGAAUCGCGUGCUGGGCUCAGCAACAGUCACCACCCAGACUCACACCCAGCCCCAGACCCAUGUCCCGAAGCUGCCCCUGCUGCCCCUGUCAUCGACAGCUACACAUCCCCAUCACCGCACGGCUCCUCGGCAGCCUCCUCGCCUUCGUCCCCCGCGCAGAUGGCCACGCCGCCAGCGUGCUGCAAGAAACACCGUACACACGCAGCAGCCACUGCCGCCUGGCGCUUCUGGGGCUCUGACCACCCUAUCCCCGUCACCUCCGCCACCACCGUCACCACCGCUCCGUCGCAGCGUGGGCACGCGUACGGCCGCUCGGCGGCAAGUCAGAGCGGCGUGCAGGCCAACCCCGCAGCACAGGCUCAGGCGCAAACGAAAACGCACACGCACGCGCGACAGCAUCCAGCUGUCGCCGUCGAGCACAAAGAUACCGACCAUCAUGCGUGCUCCUCACCUGCGUCGAGCUGCGGCAGCUCCCUCGCUUUUGCCAGCGACGACGACGAUACGUACAGUGUAUUUCGUAUUGGGGAAGUGGGCAGCAGCGCCGACGAUCUCGAGCUUUGCGUACGUGCUAACACCAGCAGCGGGGGCGGAGGCAGCACCAGUAGCUGCACUAGCAAGGCUCUGCCGCUGCUCUGCGCGCCUGCCAUGAGCCGCAUGGACGCUUCCUACAUUUGGACAGACCUCAGCGCUGAGCGCAAGCGGCGCAGGCAUGAUGCCGACGAAGGCCUCAGCGCGCAGCAGCAACAGCACGCCCCUAGGCCCGUGCGACGCGCGCAGGACGCCGUGCGCUGCGCGCUGAAGCGCCCACGUGUCUUUCUCCCUUUCGCCGCCUCUGCCCCUGCUGUUGUUGAUUCUGCUGGCGAGCACGCCCUUUCCAAGGCGCCGCCACGGAGAACCGGGGACAAGCCAGCGGAAGCAGCAGCGGAAGGCGUGCUGCCGUGGCUCAGCAUGCCUGUGCUAUCCUCCUCGAAAUCCACCUCGUCUUCGGCACCUCCUUCAUCGACACUGCGAGGAUCGUAUCGCCCUCAAACGCACACGCUUCCAAAUGCCGCUUACCCACGUCUGUCAAUAUCAGGGAAGACUCUAGCGCCAGCACCCGCGCACGACCACAUAUGCGGAGUGCACGGCCCGCACCUGCCCCUCCCUCUGGCCCUGGGCCUGUCCAUGCCUGCGCGGGGUCGCGUACGCAUGCAGCCCAAGCACGCAGCACAGAUCUUCCACCAACAGCAACCACUCGAACAGCUGCACCUUCGCAGGCCCGCGGCCCACGGACACGUUACGGCCACAGGCGGAGGCGAAGACGGACUUGUGCGCUGCGCCGAGGUCAUCAGUGCUGGUGUCAGCGGCGCUGGUGCAGGGAGGGACUCGAGCGUCCGGAGCUCGCUGUGA